CAAGAUAGAGGAGGAGCGAUGAUCAGAGCUGACAUUCAGAGGCAAAACCAACAGAGACAGGCAGAAAACCACGUGAAAUUAAAGACUGACAACUGAGAAAGAUAUAUUUUCAUCCUUCAAGAUUAAAGAGAGACCAACGAGAAUAAACUUAUCUUUGGGGAAAAGUUUAGAGACACAAGGGAAAAGAAGAGCAGUGCAUUUGACAGUGUGUAAAAGUUUAGGAAAUGUUGACCAAGGUGGUCUUGGCUUCAUGUGUGGUGCUGUGGAUCAGCUCUUGCGCCGUCAACUCUGCUGAGGAUCUCAUGACCAGAGCUUUAAGGCUGAUGUCUGAGACGCCGCUCAUCGAUGGCCAUAAUGACCUGCCUUGGCAGUUUCGCAAGCAGUUCAACAAUGAGCUGAACAAAGUGGAUCUUCACACACUGUCAACAACACACACCAACAUCCCUAAGAUCAAGGAAGGACGGCUCAGUGCACAGUUCUGGUCAGCCUAUGUGCCAUGUGACACUCAGUACAAAGAUGCUGUCAGACAAACGCUGGAGCAGAUAGAUGUGGUGCACAGGAUGUGUGAGAAAUACCCAGAAACCUUCAUGUUUGCCAGCAGUAGCAAAGAAAUCAGGGAUGCCUUCGCAAUGAACAAGGUAGCCAGUCUGAUCGGGGUGGAGGGCGGUCACUCCAUCGACAGCAGUCUGGGAACCCUGCGCACCAUGUACCAGCUGGGGGUCCGAUACCUCACACUCACACACUCCUGCAACACACCCUGGGCGGAUAACUGGCUUGUUGACACUGGAUCUGAGCCAUCUGAACACAAUGGCCUGUCUCUAUUUGGCAAGCAACUAAUUUUGGAAAUGAACCGUUUGGGGAUGCUGAUCGAUCUGGCUCAUGUGACUGUAACAGUAAUGAACCAGGUUCUGGACAUGUCCCAAGCUCCAGUUAUCUUCAGCCAUUCCUCUGCAUACGGCGUCUGUCCACACAAGAGAAACGUCCCAGAUGAGGUUCUCAAGAGAGUGAGAGAAAAAAAGGGAGUCGUGAUGGUGAACUUCUACAACGACUAUGUGACCUGCAGUAAGACUGCUAACCUCUCAGAUGUUGCAGAUCACUUUGACUAUAUAAAGAAAGUGGCCGGAGCAGAUAUCAUUGGUUUUGGUGGAGAUUAUGAUGGAGUUACCAGACUACCUGAAGGUUUGGAGGACGUGUCCAAGGUUCCCAACUUGGUGGUUGAACUACUGAGGAGAGGAUGGACUGAUGAAGAAGUCAAAGCUGCUCUUGGAAAUAACCUGCUCCGGGUUUUCGAAGGGGUUGAGAGGGUUCGUGACAAUCUGAAAGGCUUAAAACCAGAUGAUGUUCCAAUUGCAUAUGAGGAUGUGCAGAACCCGUGCAGGACAAGCUACGGUUACACCGACGAUGCUGGAGCUGUUCGUUCAGUCAGCGCACUGACCCUCCUGCUCACACUGGCUCUGCAGAUGUUGGUCCAUUAACAGCUGAAUAUGCUGCUGAUCAAUGCGACUGACUGUAUGUAUGUAUUUAUGACUGUAAGGAGUUUGAUCAUUCAUAAUAUUGCAGUCUGAAAACCAUUGUUUUAAAUGUCAGAUUUCCAACAAAUAUGUCCUGUGCUCUAAGAAAUAUAAAAUAGCUGCAGUUUACAUUGCAUUAAACAGCCUAUUUCUGCUGUGGAUUUAAUGAUUGAUUUAAUGAUCAAUAACUUGCAACAAUGUACUAGUUAACAUAAUGACAAAGACAGUGAAGCAAUGAUUAUCAUGUCAAAGCUGAGUUUAGUUAAACCUGAGUCAAAAUUUCAACUCAUGCCUGUUUUAUCCACUGUUAUUAAAGCUGCAGUGGGAAAAAGUUUAUGUAUGGUGAUCAGUAUUGUGAAACAGAAGUUGUUCUCAGUGCUUUACUUUGUUCAAUAAAAUAAAUAACAAUAGCAAAGUCACACAGGUGUAAUCAAAAUGAACAAAUACAAUAUUCCUGAACCUCAGUACAGACGGUUUCUCAGAGUAGAACAUAUUUGUAAGAGAAAAGCACCAUCUAGUGUUCUGAGAAGGUAACACUUCUGAGUGAGACACCACAUUACUGAACGUGGGUCAUUCUAUCUCACAUCAUCGGGGCGACUAUCUCUGACAUGCUCAAGACUUUUUUAAAUCCUAAACUAUGGAUAUUUAAAAUUGUAUCUAUGAAAUUUUAGAUUAGCAUUAAAUAUGUGUUAAGGCAUGAAAAUUUCCCACCAGAAAAAAUCUCACUGUCCCAAAAGAUCUAUGUAUUUGGUUAUAUUACUUUGCUGUCACCCUAAUGACAUAGUACAGUGAUAAUUCGCAAAGAAAUUACAAAAAGCUAUGUGACAAGUCUCUUCUAAGUCAAAAUUCAUGAUAACAAAGUGGAAUCUAAAAAUGUAAAAUAUGUACAUAUUUGUCUAUUUUUUACAGAUUCUGAAUCAAUGUCAUGAUAAAAAAUAAAACAAAAAAGUUUACAGAUGUCAAUAUAUGACUUGGAAAAGUGGAAUUUGUGGACAAUAUAACAAGCACAUACCAUAAAUAAAAAGCAUUUUUGUAUGAGAAGAAAA